AUGUCUUCGUUCUGGCUUCACCCCAGAGCGGCGACGGCAUGCCCUAUUGCUGUCGAAGAUACCUUUGGGCCUGUUGUCAACCAUGAGUGCAAAGAUGGCUUUGAUUUCACGUUGUACUUCGAAGAGACAGUCCUCACAUUGCCGGUGACGCUCUUCUUUCUCUUCUGGGCGUUGCCACGUAUCUACCACCUGCGACAACAGACGAUAAAGGUGCAGGGAGGAUAUCGAUAUUUCGUAAAACUAGGUGGAUAUGCUCUGUUGGCUGUCCUUCAGCUCACCCUCGUGGGCCUCUGGGCGGCGCCGUCAGGAAAGACCACUCGAGCUACCAUCGCAACGGCGGUGGUCUCCUGGCUGGCGUCCAUCGUAUUCGGUGUUCUUUCUCACUAUGAGCAUAUCUGUACUAUUCGGCCCGCUACCAUCAAUUGUGGCUAUCUGUUUCUGUCUUCGAUCUUGUCCCUGGCCGAGACCCGCACGUUAUACUUCCUGGAGAAGAAUCGCGAGAUUGCGGUAGUCUAUACGGUGACUCAGUGCAUAAAGGUGGUGUUGUUAAUUACCGAAACCAUGUCAAAGAGAUCCCUUUUAAGACGAAACUACAGAGAUUCACCUCCGGAAUCGACCGUGGGGAUUCUGGGAGAAUGUCUCUACUGUUGGCUCAACCCGCUCCUAAUGCUCGGCAACCGCGUGGAUUUGACUGUUGAGCUGCUUCCUCCAAUCGAGGACUCACUUCGUUCUACGGGGCAGGGUGAAAGCGGAUUGCACGCGCUCUGGAGAAAGGACCCGAAUCGGAAUUCCCCUCACAGUUUGCUUUGGGCAUGCUGCCGAUACUACUUGGUUCCAAUCUUGUUGGGAGUCGUCCCCCGAGCGUUACAGGUGGCCUUCACAUUCGCACAGCCCUUCCUGGUCGAAGCAACCACAACCUGGGUAGCAUCAAACGAGCUUACCCAUCCUAAGGCACAAGGAUACGCACUGAUUGGAGCCUUUGGUAUAAUCUACACUGGUAUCGCGGUUUCCACAGCUUUCGCCCAUCACCAGGCAUAUCGAGUGGUCUCUAUGAUACGAGCCAGUCUGGUCGAUAUGCUCUACAGUCACGUCAUGGUCAUGCGUGACAUCGACGUCGAAACCAGCGCCCCCGUCACUCUUAUGAGUGCAGAUAUGGAGCGUAUUUCAGGCGGUCUACACUACAUCCAUGAUGCCUGGGCUUGUAUUGUCGAGAUUCCUAUUGCGCUGUAUUUGCUAUGGCGCCAGCUGGGGGUCGCCAGUAUCGCUCCGAUCAUCGUGGUGUUUAUCUGUAUGGCCAUGUCAUUGCUCAUCUCCGGACUGGCCGGCCCUCGCCAGCAGGUCUGGCUCGAAGCCAUUGAGAAACGAGUCGAUAUCACUGCAAAGGUUUUGGGGUCUGUAAAAGGAGUCCGCACGGCUGGAUUGACCGACAAGCUGUUCAACCUCGUCCAGACGAUGCGCAUCGAAGAGGUCGUCAAGUCGGAAAAGUUCCGUCGACUGCUGAUCCUGGUGGUCGGCGUGGCAUACAGCAACGUCACACUCUCCCCGCUGGCCUCGUUCACCAUCUACGCCCUCAUAGCACGACAUAAAGGCGACGAAACCCUGACGGCCGCCAAGGCGUUCACCUCGCUCACCUUAUUCACUCUUCUUGCCACACCUAUCUCUAACCUGGUUGAAGCUGCAACGGGUGUCGCCACCGCAAUCGGCUCUAUUAAACGAGUGAACGAGUUUUUACAGUCGGACCCACGAAGGGACGACGCACAUGAGCCCCGAGGGACGCGGAGCAACAUUAGCAUCCCCGCCAGCGUCUUGUCUAGCGCACUGACGGAGAUGGGAGUCGUCUAUGACGGAAAGGGUAUGUCGGUUGUGGAGGGGGUCCCCAGUAUCUCCAGUCGCGAGAAGUUGCCCUUGUACUACGAAGUCACCGGUCCAGUCUUUGUGGCAGAGGGUCGCAGCGCUGGCUGGGAAGAAAGUAAACCGGCCGUGGUACAAGAUCUCACUUUUGAGAUUCAUCGAGGCACAGUCACGUUUGUCGUUGGACCGGUGGGAUCUGGGAAGUCCACAUUUGUGCGCACGUUGCUGCGAGAGACGCCCAUCUUCUCGGGAGGGUUAAAAGCUGAUCCCGACUCGAUCGCGUACUGCUCGCAGACACCAUGGUUAACGAACAAUACCAUCCAGGAAAAUAUCUUGGGCGAGUCACUUUUCGACCUGCGCUGGUAUAAUACAGUGAUCGAUGCAUGUGCCCUAUAUGACGAUAUUCGUAAGCAGCCGGAUGGAGAUAGGACGAUGUUAGGGACUCAAGGUGCUAUUCUGAGUGGAGGGCAGAAACAACGAGUGGUAUGUUUCUUUUUGCUCACUUUGACCUCGUCCUCCUUUCAUGGAUAG